AUGGCUCUUAUCAAUCAAGAGCAGGCAGCAGAGCAUUACGCGGCUGCUGAGACACAUAUGGCUGGUUUAAAGAGGAUAGUGGACCUUCGUGGCGGGCUAGAGAAUAUUGGAGAUUCUGUGAUUACUGUCAAGAUUUGCCGGACUGAUAUUCUCUUUGCCAUGCAACAAGGCGGACACCCGCUGUUUCAUCGAGACCAUAUAUAUCACGUAAAACGCAGCUUGGCAUACAAGGGAUUCAAUUUACAGCCAGACUCAGAUGCAUACUCCAACCGACUUGGCCCAAUCAUCCAAGAAGCAUUCUCUGACACCAUGGGCUUGUGCAGACUGCUCAACAAACACCAAGAUGAGAAACCCCUCGAUCUCCUUGAGUUUCAAGAAGUCUUGGUAUCAAUCUGCUAUCGACUGCUCCAAUUUCGUACGAUUUAUGAGUCUAGGCUCAUGCAGGAUGCUCAGUCUACUUAUCAUAUCGGGUUAUGCCUCUUUAUGAUAUCAAUUCACUUCAAUAAUACGCAGUUUCGCAUUACUCGACGGGGACUUAUCAUGGCUCUUGUGAAGGAAGCCAUUGAGUCCAAAUUGAGCGAGCAUGAGGAUGAGGUCAAGUUCUGGCUUCUCAGCUUGGGAGGGAUUUCAGUUUCACUUCCGGAUGGUCGUGAGUGGUUUGUUGAGGCACUUCGAGAGCAAGCUUCAUUGCUUGGCAUUAUGGCUUGGGAGCAAGUGAAGGGAUGUUUAGCGAAGUUUCCGUGGAUGGAUGCUAUCCAUGAUGAACCAAUCCGGAAGCUAUGGGAUCAAGUCCGCUUGAUGGACGUGUAA